AUGGUUGAUGGUGAAGUGGGGAAUAUAGGUCCUAGAAAAUGGCCCAUUAUAAAUUAUAAUAAAAAUAGUAUAUUGAAAUUGAUGAAAUUGUUAAAUAACAAAAGAAACAUUUUUAUAUCAAUAGAAUUUUGUCAUAAUAAUUCAUAUGAGGCAUAUGAUGAUAUUAUAAAUUAUAUAAAAGGCACAUUGAAUAUUCCCAUAUGCAUUGUUGACAUAAUAAGUUUAUAUAAUUGUAAGCAUGUAAUAAAAUACAUUAAAGAUAUUUUUUUAGAUUUUAUAAAAUAUAUAAAGGACAAAAAAAUUAUAAAAUCUGUUUUUGUUUUACCAUAUAUCGACCAUUGGGCUUUAUCAUUAAAAGGAGGGGGAAAAGACGGUUUUUUUUUUUUUAGAAAUAGUUUAAAAAGUGGAAAUGAACCAAAUGAGAUAAAUAAUAUAUCUGAUAAUACAUCAGAAAAUGGAUCAAAUAAUGAUAUUUGGAAUAAAAGAAAAAUGAAUAAUAUAAUAUACAAUGCUAAUAUACAAAUAUAUAAUUUGCUUUUUUAUAUGAAAAAUAUAAUAAAAAAAAUGAAUAAAAAAUAUUGUGUUAAACUGGUUAGUUUUCAAGGAACUAAAGACCUAUUCAAUUCGUCUAUGACUAAUUUGUAUGAUUAUAAAAUAAAUGUCUAUGAAUUUGUCAAUACACGUAUUUUGUAUUAUAUACAUAUGAAUAGGGAAAUUUAUUCACUUUACUCGAAAAAUAAGUUAUUUAUAGAUGCUAUAUAUAAUAUCAUUUCUAAUAAAUUAGAUUUUUUAAACAGUUAUCAUUAUUCUAAUAUAGAUAUGUUUAAAUAUUUUUUUAAGUAUUACUAUAAUUUUUAUAAUAAUAACUUAAUUACACAAAGGAGUGAUGGAAAAAAAAACAGAUUGGGUAUAAUACCAAAAAGGGAAAAUAAAACUAAUAAAAGAGCUGAUAAUAUAUAUAUUUCUUCAUACAACCAUUUUAAUGUUUUAAACUUUUUAAUGAAUAAAAAUAAUUUUAAAUGUCUUAAAAAAUACAAAUACUUUUUGCGAACAAAAAAGAAAAGGAAAUAUAACAUUUUUAUAUCUACUAAUAAUGACCAUAAUAAUAAUGUUCUUAAUUAUAUUUGCAAAAUGUUUUAUACUUCAUUUUACAUAAAUGAAUAUGUUGAUACUCUUUUGAAAAGACACACAAAAAUUACAAAACAUUACGUCAGCAGAUUAGAUAGAUUAAAAAACAAUCAAGAAAAACACGAGAUUAAUCAAAGAGAUACCAUCAUAUCCAAAAGUGGAGAUGUGUAUGCACAUGAUACGACUAUAAAUAAAUAUAGUGAAAAGUGGAUAUGUGAUCAUAAUAAAAUUGAUAAUAAUAAGGAUUGUUUACAGAAUACCAAAUCAAACCACUGUUAUAAACAAGUGGGAAAUCUUAAAAAAGCAAUAGCUGAUAAAAUCUAUAAUUUCUCAAGAAAAAAAGAAUUAUCUCAUAUUAGAAAAAAUUUUAUGGUAAAACAAAAAUAUCAAAAUGACACUUAUAAUAUUUACAAGAUCGAAGAAAAUAGUUAUAUAAAAUUUUAUUUUAGUAAAUUCAGAAUCCCUAAUACAUUUUUAAUAUAUGGGCAUAGUGGUGCAGGAAAAACAACUUUAUUAAAAUUUAUUAUUAAAAUAAUUCGUUCGGAUUAUAAAGAUAUACCUUUUCAUGAAAUGCUUAAAUAUGAUGCCGAAUUGUGCGAUAAUUUAAGCUGUAAAAAUAAAGAGAAUGAGAUUGGUACAGCACGAAAUAAAAUAUAUACUGAAGAUAUACAUACUAAUACAAUGAAAUGGAAUAACUCAAUUAAUUCUAACAUGAUUUUUAAAUAUAGUACACUAAUAAAAAAUGCAUUUUAUGGAGAAAAAAAAAAUAUUUUUUAUGAAUAUCAAAAUGUGUCUAUAAUUCAAUUUGAAAGUCAUCUUUUAAUUAACAAGACGAUAGGUGAAAAUAGCAAAUACAUAAAAAGCAUUUUCUUGAGAGCCUUAAAAAAUCAACCCUCGGUAAUAAUAUUCGAUAAUAUAGAUUUGUUUAUUGAAAAAAAUAACAAUUAUAAAUAUUCUGAAGAUGACCAAAAUGACGAUGUUUAUAAAAAUAUUUACAAUCUUCUAAUUUACUAUUUAACUUCUUACAUAAACGGAUCCAAUAGAAUGAAAUUUAUUGCAACAUCGGAAACUCAUCCAAAAUAUUUUAAAUUUUCUUUUUUGAAUUUAAUAGAAAAUAUACUAUUCAUUUCAUAA